AGUGAGCGCUUGAGUUAAAAGGGGAGGGAUGGGAUUGUUCUUCGUGGUGAUACAUUAAUGGCACAGAGCAGUGUUCCACCUGUGGAUGUGAUGAAGGUAAGGUUCUUAUGUUGAAGAGGACUGAAAAACUGAGACAUCGGUAAUUAUAGCUACAGUUUCUUGUAUACUUAAAAAUGAAUUUCCUGAUGUACCCUUUGCAGUGACUGUUCACUGUGAAGUGUCACACGUAAUCAAUGGGCACAGUGUUUUCACCACUAGCUUUUUCGGUAUUGUUUAUGGCAUAGGUUCUCCUAAAUUUGGAGUAGGAAGCCUUUUUGGUUUGCUUAUAGCUUAUGAUGCUUUUCUUUUUUGGACUUCUGUUGGCAGUUAUUGUUUACAAUAUUCUGUCUGUGAACAGUGUAGCAAAGCUACAAAGCAGCAGAGGAUAUUGCUGAAUAUUUGAAAGUUAGGCACGUGAAAGGGAGAUGUCUGUCAGCGUCUGUUAUCUGGUAACAUAAGGUGAGGGCUGAUCUCUGUGUUCAAGGAUGUUAGGAAGGACUGUAUCUGUACUGUAACUGUUACCAAACGUUUUUGCUGAAGUUAGGAGUACUUUUGAAGUUGGCACUGAACGCGCUGGGGCUCAGGUUGAUUCUCCUCCAGUUGGAGGCAGAGAGUUAUGCGGAAUAAGGGCAAAAGUGAUUUGUGAAGACAGGGUAGGAUUCCAGUUUUCCAAGCUUUUACAUGAAAUUUAGAAACCAAGAAGCUUUCUUACUUGUCAUGCAUUCUUAAAUAUUUCCAUUGGGAAUCAGCACUGCCUUUGUGUUCGGCGUAAGAAAGGAUGUUGGCACCGUUGAUUGUGCAUAAUAAGAGAACCCUCAGUGUGAGAAGCUUAAUUUUAAAAUUCCAGUCCAGCAAGAGGUUUGUGCACCUCCUGUAGCUUGCAUGUUUUACCGCUUGGGCAUUCAGAGAGCAUUAGGAGUUUAAAUUAUUGUAAUUCAGACAUUUAUUCCAGUCAUCUGUUCUGGUGUGUUUGGUUUUUGUUUGUUUGCUUGCUUGCUUGUUUGCUUGUAAUCAUUCUCAAAGAGUUCUGAAAUUUUUCUUCCUACACAUUUCAGUGAUUUUUCCUGCAUAUGUUAAAGGGAAAAAUAUCUACUUAUUCAUUUGUUUUAGGGCUUCAGAGGAAGUCAGGAAGCAUAACAUGAGCUGUGGUUGUUAUCUUAGACCUAAAGUAAAGGGUUAAUGGCAGCUCAUCAGGUAGUCACAAGAAGAGGUGGGCUGAUCACUGAGAGGGGAAAACCAGGCAGAAGUCGUUGCUCACUCAGAACCAGGAAGCAAAGAGGAACUGGAAAGACCUGUUGUAUAAAGGCCCUGGGUUAUAUCUGGUGCAAGUGGAGGUAUUAGAGCUGCCUAAUGCCGGAAGCUGAGCGCAGAGGGUGAGGAGCUCUGCCUGAGCUCAUCUGUCCUGCGAGUGAGAACAGGAAAAUGCUGCUGCGGGCACACUGCUUCCAUCCCUGACCUCCUCUGAUAUCUGAACUGCCCUCCCCUCAGCUUCUUUAGCUCCUUCCUAAUGUUGAGAGGAAUAAAAAAGGAAAAAAAAAAAAAAAAAAAGAACAAGUAUUACAUAGCAUGCUUUUAAUUGGUGGUAGUGAGGAUGUGGAGAAGUGAUAAUAAAAUGUUACACUUGAACAGGUGGAGCACUUUAUUUUGCAAUAAUCUGAUUUUGUUUACCUUACAACUACUUCAGUCAAAAGUACUGAUCCAGUACAUGCAUCCAUGUAGAAGCUAGUAUAAUUCUCAAGUUCAUUUGAUUUUCUUCAGGUGAUCUGAAAGACUGAAGGGAGGGCCGUGGGUAAAUACUUGAACUGUGAGUGCCCUAAGGUGGUGCUGGUGCCUCAAGGGAGGAUUAUCUCACGGUGGGAAGACUGGGGCCCAAAGCAGAAGAACCUGCCGUUUUCCUCCUCAUUACACAAGCAGCUUUUUUUUUUUUCAUGUCUUCUGCCUUAGUGUACCUUUAUCUCACUGCAGAACAAGGAAACCUGUGUGUCCAGCCAUUCUUCAGGUUGGGUGGUGUGCAGGAAGAGACAAUAAACUGGGACUUCUUUGCUGCUUAUCUGAGUGAGCACAAACAGCUCUGGAGGGAGCCAGUCUCUGGUAGGCAGGUCCUGCUGAGUGCAGGAAGUGACCCUGAAAUGACAGAAAGACUCCAUGGGCAUAGGGGACGAGCCAGCAGGGAGGUGUGCUGGGUGGAUACGUAUCGUGUGAAGGCAGUGGUAUCCUCUCCAGGGCAGUGUGUGCUUGGGCCAAUUGGAGCUGGGUACCCUGAACCUCCAGGUUGAUGGUGGCAGAAUGCAGGGGAAGGACUGCGGUGUGCUGCAUGUGUUAGUUCUUUUUUGCUGUGUCAAAUUCAGCACAUCCCUUUCACCUUCAUUUCAAGUAGAAGGAAGUUCCUUUCUCAGAUGUAGCAAAACAAACCAUCAUAGAAACAUGCAGUUUCUCAUUUGCAAAAUAAAUGAUUUCAAGUUCUCUUGGGUCCACAUGGAAAAAGUACUCCACUGUUUUACCGGAUGCUGUGUUCUCCAAAACAUCCCAUUUUUAAAUGGCUUUUUCUUAAUGAUCCACAGCUGAAGGCCCUUCCCUGUACUCUUGGCAGCCUGUGCAGUCCUUAUGGGGUGGAACAGGAUCUUUCUUUCGUCCUCAGAAAGAGUAUUAAUCCUGCCCAUAUUUAAGUGAAUCCAGGAUUACUAAUCUGUUGAAAAGCUCUGCUUUUAGUUUUUACAGAUGAUGUUCAAAACAUCUGAUAGUUGUAUUCAUGUUAUCAGAAAAGUGCUAUAUGUUUCUGGUAUCCUCAGAGGUUCCUGAAGAGAUUCAUUACAGCAGUAUUAAAUUAUUGCGGUCCUCAUUAGUAGAAAUGAAUCAAGUUCUCUUAAUAAAAUGCUAAUUUUCUUGUUUACGUUCUCUAUUUCUGAACUAAUGACUUUUAAAUACUCAGCAUUUGAAUUUUCCUUUCUAGUGGAAUAGUAAAGUGUCAUAAUGACUGUAAAGUAAUGUAUAAUGAAUUUAGAGCAUUUAGCUAUUUACUUUUCCCACUGUUUUCCUAGUAAAAGCUGCUUAACCAGUCUGUUUGAUGAUCUUUUUUCCCUCUUCGAGCCAUCCUGGCUGAUAACUGUUGAGAAGCAGAAUUCUUGGGAGGAGAUUCCAACAUGUUUUAAGUUAACUUUUCAUUAGCAGUAUAAUUGAGAGGCAGACGGGACUCCCUGAGUGUUCUGAAACGUGCUGGGUAGCUGGGAAGCCAGCUGUAUGGAAAAACACCUGUUUCAGAAUUUACUGUUUGUAUGUGUGUGUGUAUUUCCAUCAUUUAUUUCACUCCUUAAGAAUCCAGCUUUGUGUAGGCUUUCUGUCAUUUCUUUUGGAGAGAGCUUUGCAUGUUUACAUGUUUAUCUAGGUAAUAUGAGGUAAAAAUAAGAGACUGCUGAAUAAGCAGAAAGCAGUGAUAAAUGCUGUACCUAUCACCUGUUCUGUGUGGUGCUUUCUUACUGGAGUUGGAGCUUUAAAUAUAUAACAUUCUCAUGCAAGAAUUUCAUUACAUUAAAAAGUGUGUGAGAAAAGUUGCUAUAGCACCUUACAGCCUAAAAUCUGGUUAAUUUGAAUUAAACCCUGGGCUUCCUCUUGCAUGGGAACAAAUAUACUGGAAGUUUCCUCAUUUGAAUACAUUAAGUAUGAGGCACAGGCACUCCUCAGUGCAGCAGCUGAGAAAGAGUUACUCAGCUAGGUUACUUUUCCAGUUGUGACUAAGGGGCCCAUUAGCAGCGUCCGGAAUGAGACGGCAGCACCUAGGUAAAAAUAGAUGGCAUUUGGAGAAGCUGGGGGCUGUUUUGGAGACCUUCAGCUGCGGACUGAGAGAUUGAGACAGAGGCGAGCUUCAGGAAGGAGUAUUACAGAUAUGAGUGUGGAAGAACUCCAUCAGCAGGCAGAGACGUUCCAUCUUCAGAGCAGCCUGAACUGUUCCUAAAGAAACUUCAACAGUGCUGUGUCAUUUUUGACUUCAUGGACACGCUUUCAGACCUUAAAAUGAAAGAAUACAAGCGCUCCACUCUUAAUGAACUGGUCGACUACAUUACAAUAAGCAGAGGCUGUUUGACAGAGCAGACUUACCCUGAAGUAGUUAGAAUGGUAUCUUGCAAUAUCUUCAGAACUCUCCCACCUAGUGACAGCAAUGAAUUUGAUCCAGAAGAAGAUGAGCCCACCUUGGAGGCAUCAUGGCCACAUCUACAGCUUGUAUAUGAGUUUUUCAUACGAUUUUUGGAAAGCCAAGAAUUUCAGCCCAGCAUUGCCAAAAAGUACAUAGAUCAGAAAUUUGUAUUGCAGUUGUUGGAGCUGUUUGAUAGCGAAGACCCACGAGAACGGGACUACUUAAAAACAGUCUUGCACAGAAUUUAUGGCAAGUUUCUGGGUCUUAGAGCAUUUAUCCGAAAACAGAUUAAUAAUAUUUUUCUACGAUUUGUUUAUGAAACUGAACACUUCAAUGGCGUAGCUGAGCUGUUGGAAAUUUUAGGAAGUAUUAUCAAUGGUUUUGCUUUACCUCUUAAGGCAGAGCAUAAACAGUUUCUGGUGAAGGUGCUGAUUCCUUUACAUACUGUCAGGAGUUUAUCACUCUUCCAUGCACAGCUGGCAUAUUGCAUAGUACAGUUUCUGGAGAAAGACCCCUCACUCACAGAACCAGUCAUCAGAGGCUUAAUGAAAUUCUGGCCGAAAACCUGCAGUCAGAAAGAGGUCAUGUUCCUAGGAGAGCUGGAGGAAAUCUUGGAUGUAAUUGAACCAUCCCAAUUUGUCAAAAUCCAGGAACCCUUGUUUAAACAAAUUGCCAAGUGUGUCUCUAGCCCUCAUUUUCAGGUGGCUGAAAGAGCACUGUACUAUUGGAAUAAUGAAUACAUCAUGAGUUUGAUAGAGGAGAAUUCAAAUGUCAUACUUCCCAUCAUGUUUUCCAGCCUUUAUAGGAUUUCUAAAGAGCACUGGAAUCCGGCUAUUGUGGCUUUAGUCUACAAUGUGUUGAAGGCAUUUAUGGAAAUGAACAGCACCAUGUUUGAUGAGCUGACAGCCACUUACAAGUCAGAUCGUCAGCGUGAGAAGAAGAAAGAAAAAGAACGUGAAGAACUGUGGAAAAAACUGGAGGAUUUGGAAUUAAAGAGAGGUCUCAGACGUGAUGGAAUAAUUCCAACUUAACAAAAAAACAAAACAGCAUUAUUAACCUGUGAAGUCACACAUUUAUGUAGUAGAAGAUGGAGCAACAGUUUUCUGUAUUGUGCAACUUUACAGUAGAUUUCACAUUUGUUUCAUUAUUACAACAGCACUGUAUAUACCUGUCUCUAAGUAAAGGAAAAAAUAAGGACUUUAAUCCAAAGUUUGGACAGCAGAUGGACUUCUCAGAACUUUGCAAACAUAAUCAUUGUUUUAACCCUUCUUUAAAACCAGUCUUCAAAGAUCUGUUGAUGAAAAUUGCAAUGUCAGAUUUCAUUGUCAGGACCUGUUCCUUAUUUAUCGUUAGCAGAGAGUAUAAUACAACUUUCAAAUGUGAACAAUCUUAAAAUUUAGCUUGUCUUUCUGCUAAACUGUUAAGUGUAUUUAUAGUAAAAGAGAAAAAAGACUGUCAUUUCCUUAUGAGUUUGUGUAACAUCCUCCUUCUCUGGAUAACUUUACUGUAAUUUGACUCUUUUUUUCUUUCCUUUUGCACAUCUUCAUAAGUUGAAUGUCCAUUCAGAUCAGGACCAUGAAAGAAAAAAAAAACAUAGGUCCUGAAUAAAAGUUUUGUUUACUGGUGUGAGCAUUUUUUAGUACCAGUCUGUCUCUGGUGCUUUAAUUUGAACAUUAGGAGCUAAAAAAACAAGUAGGUGAUAAACAUAGUAGGAAAGGGAGCUUUGGAUUCAUGCACCUAUUUAUUGCAAAUCCAAAUUAGUGUCCACAAUCCUUGAAAAAUGGACGGUGGUAACACCCUAGAUUUCAGUACCUAACCAGUAUUAGUGUUAUGGCAUUGGACACACAUACCAGAGCUGUUUUAGAAAUACUAAUUCCUAAAUUACUACAGUAUGUUUUUAUUGGACCAUUUUGAAAGAAUAAAGACAAACGCUAAACAGUGCAAGCAUGAAAUUGAUCUCCAGUGGUCAUGGAUCUAAUUGGGAAAUGAGUUGAGAUAGCAGUUUGGACUGUUUGGAGUUGUUGCCUUACUUUUUAAUAUGUAUUUAUAAAGUGUUCCAGCAAAAGAGGAUGUAGCCUCUAAGAAACAUACUAUAGUGUUUUUGUGGUUCUAGUACUAUUACUCAUCACAGUACCAGCCCUAUGGUCUUAGCUGGAAAGGAUUCUGGAUAAUAUACUUCUGCAUUCUCAUCUGGAUGCUCAUUCCUAACUACUGUAUUUGUUACCAAAAGUGGUUCUACAAAUGCUACUGAAAAAAAAAUUCUGGAAAUCCUAAUGUUCUGAGUAUUAAUAAUAAAGCUUUUAUAUCAAAGGUGCAUUGUGACCAAAUUGUUUAAAACAAAAGAAAAAAAAAACAAAAACAAGAAAAAAAUAAUAAAGAAGAGGGCUGUAUUAUAAGUAUACAUUAUUGGCUAUCUGCUUUGUAUUUGAAAGUGGAAUUUACAUCUUUGGUAGGUAAAAUGCUGAUAAAACUUAUGUACAGUAAAUAUUUAGCUAAUGCAGUUGCAUUAUUAUAUACCGAAAGGUAUGUGUUUCGGGAUUUUACUCCAGGAUGCUUUUGAACUGUUAUGGUCAUAUGACAACAGUGAAUUGAUAAUCCUAAACCAUCAAUCCAGCAGUAUUUACAGUAUAAAACUGAAUUGGUGUUCAUGAGUCUUUGUGAUAGUUGCAAACAUGAAUUUAUGACCUGUUGCCAUUGAUAGAAAUACAGUAUAAAUACAUGCUUGUAUAUUUUUCUUCCUACCAUUUAAGUAUACAGUAGGAUUUGAAGCUUUCUUGUUUCCAGGCACAGAAAAGAGGAAAAAAGAAAAAAAAAAAAAAAAAAAAAAAAGAAUUCCCUCCUUGACUACUGACUGUUUCAGGAUUAUCAGGUCACAGUUUGUACUCCUGGGUCUGCACACACAAAUGUUGUAAACUCAACAGUUUUGUAAAAACUUGGCACUGUUAAUUCUGGGACAGGAAACAAAAAGGUGGAUCUAGUCAUAUGCAACACCCAACACAACAUGGUUUAAUGGGAUUAACGAGCUUCUAAGAACACUGGCUGGGACACAGUGUAAAUUAGACAGUUACUGUCAUAGUUGAAACAUUUUAUUUUAAAGUGCUGAAGCAAAGGUGCAAGCUGAGAUGCUGGAGAUGAAAUAAAUUUAUAACAAAUCACGUCCCUUAGCCCGUUGCUUUUGACAGUCUUUUAUUUCUGUUACAAAAGAAAUAUUUAUUUCUAUGUGAAAUUAUCACGAUUUACAAGAGGAUGGAUUGAAUCAUGCUUAAAGACUGUUUGAUUGUGAAAAAUUGAGAUAUAGUGGAAAUUAAAAAAAAGAAAUUUUCCACCUGGUGGAGUAAAGCAGAACGAUGUGAAAUUAGAAAAAGCACCUUGUCCUGUACUUAGAGUUUAGGUGAGUGUUGUUUGUUCAUAACUUUAUGGUUUUGACAUGACCUUCUGGUAUUGAUCAUACACAACUGAUGAGAACCUGAUGGGUUGCAAUAUUUUAUUACCUCUGAUGUGGGGAUAGCGGGGAGUGUCUAAAGUUUGUAGAUGAUUUAUCACUUCCAAGAAGGAAUGUUUCUCUGAAUGGAAUGGGACGAUGUGCUAUUAGUCACGAGACUCUAAAAGGCUGAUGAGACCCCAGGUUGCACUUUGUGGUGUAUGCGAAGAAGCACUUGCCACAAUGACCCGACUGUACCCCUGGGGUCCGCUGUUUGCUGCAACCCAUAUGCGAUAUUCUACCACUGUACAGAGCUCCCUUUGGGAUCAAUUGGAGUUUUAGGCAAAGAAGAAGGCAGCGAAUGGGCCCAAGUGUGAUCAGUGCAUCUAUUUAAUUGUGCUUUCAUUUGCUUGUUGAGUUCCAGAAACUACCUUUAUUUGUGUAAAUGUUGUUAUUAGCUGCUCCUAGAGCAGUGGUUGGGUGAUGUCUCGUGUCCUGUGCCAUAUUGGUUUCAGGAGAAAGGAUUGAAUGCUGUCUGCUAAAAGGAAAGAACUGCAUUUUCAAUACAAGGGCAUUGCAUCAGGUCAUGGGGAUAUAACGACUGUAAAAGUAAAGUUCCUCUCAUAUACUUCAAAUUGAGCACAUAUUGCUUUUUUCAUCUUGCAAGUCUCCCUUAUUGUUUUCCUUUCAUGGCUUUUGAGUGUUUUUUGUCUCUCUUCCAAAGGUUGGAAUGCUUUAAAUAAAAGUAUUCUAAUGCCAUUGGAUCUUUCAUUAGUACAUUUAAUCUUGGUUUUCUUAGCAUAAAUAAAAGGGUUUAAUUUAUUUUUUAUCUCCUCCUAUAUAUGGAAAAAAGCAAGGCUGUUGGAGCCAAGAAUUGCUUGAGCAAGAAAAGCAGCAGCUGUGUGUACGUUAUAUAUGUGUAAGUACAGCCUCAGGCUCUCGUACUGUAAGGAAAGGAAAAUAUAUUAGGAGCUUUAAAAACCUCUGUGUUGUUUUGUGAGGAGAGGGAAAGAACUGAACGGAUUUUUCUCCCCCCAAAUAAAACCAAAAUGAGUUGGCUGUAGUUCUGUCUUUAAAAGCAAAGAUGGCAUUUUCUCUUGAUCGUGUGGCUGUCCUCACAAAGCAGUUCCCCUAAAAGAUGAUAAAGCUGUUGAAGUGCAAGAUUGAGGAAUGUUCUUAUUGACGUGUGACUUUAUUUUGGCUCAUCUGCUUCCCUUACCAGCUAUAUUGUGUGACACAAAUUUGUUUUCCUAGUCAAUAGGUGCAGCAGAUUUUGCAUUGCCCAGUUUUUCAUUUAGAGUCUACGAUCUCUUGAAAUGGGGUGGAACUAAUUUUUCAUUGAAAACUUUAAUCCCAGUGUCGCUUCCCAUCCACAGAAGCACACACUUCUUACCAUGACCUCUGAAUAUAUGUUUUUGUUAUUUGGAUCACUUGCUGUAAAUACGUUGUAUUCAUAACCUCAUGUAAAAUGAGGAGUUUUCAAAUAUAAAUAGUACCAAUACA